UCACAACAUUUAUGCUCACCAGUGCCAUUCAUUGUUGGAUCACUGAUGCUAUGCAUUCUAAAAUGACAUCAUUGAAGACAGUGUCACCAGACAGCUCUGCCGUGAGCUGCCAGGUGGCAGACUGAUUCAGGGAUAACACAACGAUGGAAUCACCCAGCUAGACCACAACACAGCCCCCAAGUGCUGCAGCUAAGUGACAAAAUGGCUAGCUUAAAGAAAAAAGAUCCCUCAAGGGACACCAGCAAUUUGUCGCUGCUGCCUGCAUCUGCCAUCUCCCCUCGCACGACACGAUUUAGCCAAGCACUUUGGAAGGAGAAUCAGUCUCUUCGAGAAGAGAAUCAAAACCUUCAGCAAAAGAACAGAGCUUUUCGUAUGGAGAACAAAGCCUAUUAUAAGGAGAAUGAAAGUAUCCAAAGAGAGAACAAAGUCCUUUGGGAACAAAAUAAAGUCCUUCAAAGGAAGCAUAGGGACUCUCCAGAGGAGGAAACAAAGCACCUUGAGAAACAGCAAAAGGCCCUCCAACAACAAAAUAAAGCCCUCAGAGAAGAGAUUAAGGCUCUCAAAACACAAGAAAGAGCAUUUGCGAUGGAGGAAAAAGCUCUUCAGCAAGAGAUUUUAGCUUUAUGGGAGGAAAACAAGGCCUUCAAGGAGCAGCUUAAAGCUCUUCAAAAAGAUGACAAAGCCAUUCAGGAAGAGGAGAAAGCUCUUCAUGAGGAAAAACAUGCCCUCCAUGAAGAGAAACUUGCCCUUCAAGAGGAGAACAAGGCCCUUCAAGAUGAGAAAAAGGCCCUACAAAGUCAGGAGGAAGCCCUUCAAGAAGAGCACAAAGUCCUCCAUGAAUGGCAAAAGAUGCUUCAAGAGGAAGAAGAAAGCAGUAUAAGUAAAGAAUCAGAUGCUUAGGGUGAUUUAGCAGGAUUAGUAAAGAGUUUACAAAUAUAGGAAUUUUCGUUGUUAGUCAGAUAUUAUGGCCUCACCUUCAUUACAGAAUAUCAGCAGCAAGUAAUGGAUAACCUGAGCCAUAAAGCAGUCUGUUAGGCUUAGUACAAAAGCCUAUGAAGUUGGAAACUGGUGAAACAUGUGUGUUGGUAUCUGGAAUCCCUCAAGCCUAAUAAAUUACUGUUGGCAAUACAAUGCAUACC